GGGUACGUUUCUAACAGCGCAGCACGCAGAGGUGGGCGGGUACUACAACCCAAUGGCAGCACCGCCCACCUCUGUCGUUUAGGCGUUUAAAACAAGCGUCCCCGCGGACAGAGCCCGUUGCUAUGGUGACACUCCGGUAAACUCGGCAGCAGUCCCGUUGAUCACCUGGGCCUUCAUCCAGAUACAAGAUAUGUUGGGACAAAGCCGGCGAGGACGUCUCACUGAGUCUGAAAGGGAACCGAACAACUGAUUUAUUGACUAACUGAUUGGUUGGCAGACGGUUGUUGUCAUGGCAGCAGGGGCAGUGUCAGCUCCGCUCAUCAUUCCCAUCAUCCACCUGCAGACUCAUCGAGCCAAGAACCACAUCGACACGAGCACACCUGUGUCCAUCCAGUCAGACUCUGCAGGUGUUCUGAUCUUUUACACUCUGGAUGGUUCAAAGCCGGGGGCGGGGCAUCGUGGAGCAGCAGGCAGCAGCAGGAAGUACAGCGAGCCCAUCCUGCUGCCUGCAGGCCGGGUGACAAUCCGAGCGGUGGCUGUCACCAGUGACGGCAGAGAGAGCUCCAUAGUGACGAAGGUUUUCUCUGUGGAUCCUUUGGACGACUUCCUGCAGCCUCCGCCUGAAGGAACAUCCUUUCUUGCUGAGACCUCAGAGCUUCACACUUCCUGUUUCCUGUGUCCAGAGCCAAGGAUGAUGGGAAAUCACUCCCUUCAGUCAGGCCCUCGUUUUCUGAACGGUCGUCAUGGCUCUGAGAUCGGCGCCCAGCUUGCCUCGUCUCACCGCUCCCAGCCUGCGGUUUUUAGGGGGUCAGGUGACCUGAGGCAGCUGAAGAGCACGGAGACGACACGAGUGCAGCGAGACACCGACUUCCUGUGGUGUGCUCGCUGUCUGCGUCGCCGCCCCUCCGACCCGUUCGCUCAGUUCUGCGCUCAGUGUGGAGCGGCGCUUCCUCUGCUGCCCGGUCACAGGCUGCCACCUGCUGAGGGAGGACAGAUGUUGCUGUGUGUGUUCUGUGGGGCUCUAGUUCCCGCCAACACACACACCUGUUUGGUGUGUGAAGCUGCCAUCGAUCAACAGCUGCAGCCACGGGCGGGCAUCACUCUGCAGGGUCAUGUGAUGUGUGUCUGCUGUGGAAGUGGGAAUCCAGCCGACGCCUUCAGCUGUCUGACCUGCGAGAGCCGCUUGCAGCAGGUGGGCGGAGCCAGGAGCGGUGUGCCCUCUGACCCAGGAGCGCACACCAGGAUGUUGUCCUGCACCAGAUGUAAACGUUUAAACCGGGGCGACGCGAGAUUCUGCGACUGGUGUGGCUCCAAGCCCGCCCACGCUGCCCGCUGUGUGACGUGUCAGCGUUGUGGAGCGAGUGCACACCCGUACGCUUCCUACUGCACCGCCUGCGGCAUCUUCCUGGAAGCACCGGUCCCACUCGGAUCCUGCGGUGACAUCACACGAUCGGUCAAGGGCGCCGCCAACCACCAGGUGGGAGUGCAGACUGCCUGUGGCGCCACCUGGCGGGCCACUGCCUCUUUGCACCCUCCGCGAAGUGUGAAGAUCGCCGCACCCACUGUGGAUCAGUGCACACAGACUGUAGGACUCUAUUACCCAUCAGGCACUGAGCUGCAGAGGAAGGAGCAGCACAGAGCGCUACAGCUCCUCAGGAAGCAGGUGCAGAGCGACCGCCACCCACCGCUCACUGCCAUCAGCCCGGGACGAGGUUACUGGAGGAAGCAGCUGGAUCACAUAUGCGCUCACCUGAGGAGCUAUGCCCAGAACAACGCCCCCUUCAGGGCGCUGCUGGGAGAGCCUCAUCUGGGCCGGAUGGUCUCUGCGGUGAUUCAGGAGGAUCGCCAUGAGUUCAGUCUGACCGUCAGCUUCGCAGCAGCCGAGCUUAAAGAAAAACAGGUGGGUGCUGACGAUGACGGCAUGGGAUCUCCAGGUGGAGGAUUUGAGCUCGCCAGCUGGACCAAGACUCUGAGCAGCGUUGCAGAGCGAACAGGGUGGACAGGAAGUGACCAGCUCUCGGCUCCGCCCUCCAAACCUUACCUGACGCCCAAACCGCCGGUGAAGGACGUUCAGCUGCUGAAGGAGCUGGGUCCGGGUCGAGGUGAGGUCAGCGUCAUCCUGCAGCUCCUGGACCAGGGGGCGGACCCUUCCUGCUGCCGGAGCGAUGGCCUACACGCCUUGGCAGUUGCCGUGGUAAACGGUCACCAUGACGUCCUACCUGUUUUGUUGCAGCGAGGCGCCGACGUCGACCAGCAGUCUGGACGGAUGAAGAACACUGCUCUGCAUGAAGCUGCAGCUCUGGGGUCUGCAGGUGUGCCGUGUGCUGAGGUCCUGCUCAGCUGUAAGGCCAACGUGAGGCGGAGGAACGUUGCGGGUCAGACGGCGUAUGACGUGGCGGCGAGCUCGGGCUGCGGCAGCAUAGCGUCUCUGCUGGCGGCUCAGACUGGACUGGACUUACUGGGCAAACUGGGAAACAUGAACUCAAGCUGAAGCUGAUUU